GGCAACCUUGUUUGGGCCUAUAAAAAAGGUUGGCAGCUUGCUUCGGUUUUUGGUGUUAGCUAACGCCGUUUGUAGAAUUGCGCCAAAAAGUAUAAACAGCGCGGCAAGCUGAUCGAAAAAGAAGGAGGAGCGAAUCGAAGUGCCACAAACCUAUUUUAAAUAUUGCUGACGCUGGCGAAUUGUUAAAUAACUGAUAGCGAAUAGCAGCACAAUGGUUAACAAAGAGAACGCCCUCAGUGUGGGCCAACAAGUGAAGUGGAUCGGAGGCCAAGACAUAGUGCCGCCUGUAAAGCAUCUGGAGCACAAGAACGUUUAUUUCUACCAGAAGUGCAUCUACGGGCCGCUGACUUUGACAGUUGGCGACUUUAUAUUGGUGUCCAAUGCAGAUGCUGCUGAGCCGGACACUGUGAGUGGAUGCGACGUGGCCCGGAUCUUGCACAUGUAUGAGCUGCGUGAGUUGAGCGACCGCGAACCCUUCCGGGCCAUCGUUCAGUGGUACUCCUGGCCAAGGGCUAUUCCACACGAGAAAUUUGACGACGACGACGUGGCCAUUGACUUUAGCCUGGAGGUGAUCGAGGAACACCGCCCAUACGACAACGACGUGGCCCUCGGCGCCAUUUACCGCAAGUGCAUCGUACUGGAAGGUACCUCUAAAUCAUCCGCCCAGAACAUCCUUAGUCGCCACUCUAACAAACUGAAGUCCAAGGCCUGCCCGAUGUUUGUCAGCCGGUACAGGUUCGUCAAGGUAAAACGAAGUUAUCGCUUGAUUCCUUUGGAAAUUCACCUGGAACAGCCGGAGGACAAGCACCGUCAAUCCCGCAAAUCACUAAACUCUCACAAUGAAUCGAAGCGAUCUGCCAGACAUGAUGACACAGCUGGCCAAGCAGAAGCUACGCAGGAAAAGCGACGUUCCACUAUGGGGGCUACCAGGUCCGUUGAAUUCGUCGAUGUCAACUACUUUAACUGCGAGAAUAAGGUGUCGCCCAUUAAAAUCGUGGGCGGACGGAGUGUCGUGCGUCUGUCGGAGAAGAAGAAGACGGACCAGGAGAUCAAUGCCAACUAUCUUCCGGCUUCGCCGCUCACCGAGAAAAACGCCAAGGUUGAGACACCCAAAUCUCGGGCUUCGGCAGCUCGCCGCAACCUUAAUCUCAGCCUGGAUCGAGGAGCGGAUACCACCGCCGACUCAGAUUGCCUAAAUUACUCGAUUGUCCAGCAGACACCCGAUCCUAAGACGCCGUCCAACGACAUGAAGAUUAAGCUGCGUAUUUCGGAGAGAAGACGUUCAGUGCGCCUUGCCUCAAUGGAUGUGGAUCCGUUGUCUCUUGAAGAGCCCAUAGAAGCACCAAAUUCCCAGGGCCGCAAACGAUUGGGUGUGUCCAAUGACGACAUCUAUCAUACGCCCACCAAGAAAUCCAAGGAGCCCCUUGAUCCAGCUGCGGCAGUCGAACGGACACCGUCAACAAGGCGGAAAAGUAUAUUGAAGUCAGCUACCAGUCGGUUGGCCGAGGGAACCCCCAGACGUAGUAUUCAUUUAUCCAAUAUUGUGGAGCAGAGGGUAUUUAAAGGCGAUGAUAUUAUAUCCACUCCAAAAAGAUCCAAGAAAUCAGUUCAAGUCGAGGAUGAAGACUAUUCGCCGAAAAAGUCAGUUCAAAAGACGCCCACACGAUCGCGACGUUUAAGCACCACCACUAAAUCAGCAACGACUCCCAGCAAAGGAAAAACAACCACAACCACAUCUGCAACUCCGAUGACGCCUUCCCAGAAGAUGAAAAAGAUCCGGGCCGGGGAGUUAAGUCCCAGUAUGCAGCAGCGGACGGAUCGUCCGACGAAUGAUAACAGCAAAUCGCAACUGCAGUUGGCACGCGAGCAGCUUCAUGUGUCUGUGGUGCCCAAAAGUUUGCCUUGUCGCGAACGAGAGUUCGAGAACAUUUACGCCUUUCUGGAGGGAAAGAUCCAGGACCAGUGUGGCGGUUGUAUGUAUGUAUCGGGAGUUCCGGGUACUGGCAAAACAGCCACUGUGACCGGAGUUAUACGCACCCUGCAGCGGAUGGCAACUCAGAAAGAGCUGCCCGUCUUUGAGUUUCUGGAAAUCAAUGGCAUGCGGCUGACGGAACCGCGACAGGCUUACGUGCACAUUUACAAACAGCUUACGGGAAAAACCGUAUCCUGGGAGCAGGCUCACUCUCUGUUAGAGAAGCGUUUCACAACUCCUGCGCCGCGUAGAGUUACCACCGUGCUUCUGGUUGAUGAGCUGGAUAUCUUGUGCAACCGGCGACAGGAUGUAGUCUACAACCUUCUCGACUGGCCCACCAAGUCAGCAGCCAAACUGGUGGUGGUCACUAUUGCCAACACUAUGGAUUUGCCUGAGCGCCUCUUAAUGGGUAAAGUGACUUCACGUCUUGGUCUAACCCGACUCACGUUCCAACCGUAUAGCCAUAAACAGCUACAGGAGAUCGUUACCGCUCGUUUAGGAGGAUCAGAAGCUUUUAAAGGCGAGGCCGUUCAGCUAGUUGCGCGCAAGGUGGCUGCUGUUUCUGGUGAUGCUCGUCGAGCUCUGGACAUUUGCCGGCGCGCCACGGAAAUUGCUGAUACCGCUCAAGUCAAAUGCGUGACCAUGCUGCAUGUGCAGCAGGCUUUGGCGGAGAUGAUAGCUAGUGCAAAAGUGCAGGCCAUCAAGAACUGCUCACGGCUGGAGCAGAUCUUUCUGCAAGCGGUUGCAGCAGAAGUUACGCGCACUGGCGUCGAAGAGACUACAUUCAUGGGCGUUUAUCAGCAAGUGGAGACAAUAGCCGCCUUUAUGGGUGUGACCUUUCCACCACCAGGAAGUGCUCUUCGGCUAUGCGCAAAACUAGGUGCAGAGAGACUCAUUAUUAGCGAACAUUCGCGCAACGAUCUCUUUCAGAAAAUCUUGCUCAAUGUCAGCGCAGAUGACAUUCAUUACGCACUAAGAGUUGGAGAGGUAGUUAGUUAAAAGAGUCAUACGAAAUCAAGUAAGAGUGGGAAGUUACCUUUUGGCAUUUCUUAAGCUAUUUCACCUAGAAUCAUUACAUUUUACCUGCUUUUAUAACGCCCACAUCAAGAAUGCUUGAUUAUUAUAUAAAUCAUCUACAACCAUCUUACACUUUUAAGGUAUCCAUUCUUAGUUAAAACAUCCAAAACAUUGUAAUAGAUUAAGCGUUUUUAAAUUAUUUCUUAUUUAAGCGUCAUUUUUAAACAAUUUAAAGUACAAACUUGUUACUAAAAAUACUAAAUAGAACACCAGUACAGUGUAA